GAGAGGGAGAUGGAGCGGGGACCAUGAAUGAGAACUCUCGUCGCUCCGACAGAACACGAUUCACCAGUUGAAGCACGUGUGACCCGAGACACGCGCGUUGUUCCACUUCUGUCACUGUGGAUGGAAACAACCGGACUGAGCUGUGGAGAUGCCACGAGUAGAACAUGUCUGAUCCUGAUGUUGAUCAGUUCGUCCUGAGAUAAGAAAAGAAAAGAAAAGAAAAGAAAAACCCAGAGAUGUUCCACGAUGCGCUGUUUGGAACCGCGCGCGCGUAAAGGACGCGUCGCUCCGGAGCCGCCGCCGCGCGCCGCAGCUCGCCGGUCCGCCUGAAGUCGUGAUGCUGAGCGGACCGACCCUCGGAGACCCGCGGCCCCUCCCGCAGCUGAUGUCCCUGGAGGCCCGUCACGAGCCCACCGCGGUGGGGGGGACCCUGGGGCCGCGCAACGCCACGCCGGCGGCGGACGGGGCUCCGGGGCAGCAGGCGCAGUCCUUCCCCUGGGCGGGGACCCUGCUGGCCGGCGUGCUGAUCACGACCAUCGUGGUGGAUGUUAUCGGGAACCUGCUGGUCAUCGUGUCCGUGUUCAGGAACCGGAAGCUGAGGAAAGCAGGAAACGCCUUCGUGGUGAGCCUGGCCCUCGCCGACCUGGUGGUCGCCAUCUAUCCCUACCCGCUGGUCCUGACCGCCAUCUUCAACGACGGCUGGAUCGCCGGCUACAUCCACUGUCAGAUCAGCGGCUUCCUCAUGGGCCUCAGCGUCAUCGGCUCCAUCUUCAACAUCACGGGCAUCGCCAUCAACCGCUACUGCUACAUCUGCCACAGCCUCAAGUACGAUAAGCUCUUCUCCAACAGCAACACCAUGUGCUACGUGGUGCUCGUCUGGGCGCUCACCAUCCUCGCCAUUGUGCCCAACUGGUUCGUGGAGUCGCUGCAGUACGACCCCCGCGUGUACUCCUGCACCUUCGCCCAGUCAGUCAGCUCGCUGUACACCAUCGCCGUGGUGGUGGUGCACUUCAUCCUGCCGAUCGGCAUCGUCACCUACUGCUACCUGCGGAUCUGGAUCCUCGUCAUCCGGGUGAGGCGGAGGGUCAAGCCGGACUCGCGAUCCAAAAUCAAGCCGCACGACCUCCGCAACUUCCUCACCAUGUUCGUGGUGUUCGUGCUCUUCGCCGUCUGCUGGGCGCCGCUGAACCUGAUCGGCCUGGCGGUGGCGCUGGACCCCAGGCUGAGCCGGGCCAUACCGGAGUGGCUGUUCACGGCCAGCUACUUCAUGGCGUACUUCAACAGCUGCCUCAACGCCGUCGUCUACGGCGUCCUGAACCACAACUUCAGAAAGGAGUACAAGAGGAUCGUCCUGAUCGUCUUCAAGUUACACUGCUGAGAUGGCAGGGGGGGGGGGGCUGACAAUGAACUUGACCU